AUGCAGCUGGCUCAGCACCUUAGGCCAUUUGCGUCCUUUGGUCGCGGUGUAUUGUCACUGCGUACGUGGCGAAAGUUUUCGUCGGUGAACCGUUCAUCUGUAGCUUCGGAAGACGCUGGGGAGUCUGGAGAAGACGAGUCUCUCCCUUUCAUUAAUAAGUAUGACCCCUUCCUCGUCAUACCGCAGGCUUGGGUUUCCAGUCUAGCAACUGCUGAGGAAAACAAAGUCGAUAUCAUUAAGCUGCACCCGACGGUUUUUCGCACUCUACCGCGGUUAGAUCUUCUUCAUAGAAAUAUUACGUGGCAGCUGAUGUAUCGGAAUCUUGACCUAACGAAAAUGCUAUCGAAGGCAGAAAUGCCUGGUGGAGGCAGGAAACCAUGGCCCCAGAAGAAAAUGGGGCGUCAUCAUGCGGGUUCCAUAAGAGCGCCUCACUUUUCUCGUGGCGGGUUUGCUCAUGGUGCACGUGGUCCACGUACUUGGUUUUACAUGCUGCCGGAUUCUAUACGUUUAGAGGGGCUCUGUGUAGCUUUAACUCUGAAGCAUGUACAGAAUGACCUUGUUAUUGUCGAUGAUUUUGCGAGUUUACCCACUAACGAACCUCAGUAUCUUCACGACCUGGCAGACUUGCGAAAUUGGGGCUAUUCAGUCUUAUUUGUCAGUGAUUCAGCAGAUGUGAGCACGAAGUUGGUCGAGGCGUGCAAUGAAAUUUCGUCGUUCACUAUUAUGCCAGUGUACGGAUUGAACUGUUUUAGUCUGGUGAAGUACGAAACAGUCGUUAUUUGUCAGAAAGCCUUAAAAAUUUUACAAGAACGAAUAUUGCUACAAAAGAAUCGAGCCGGAACAAUGCACAAAAAAUACCGAUAUUUGGACAUGAAAAAGAUUUUACUUGGUGAAGCUGAAAAAGAAAUGGAUCCCAAAUUUCCACCAUUUAUCUAA